GCGCUCUCCCGGGCCGGCGACGCGGAGGGGUCCGCGCUGCACCGCCGCCGCACCCCGGCCGCGUGACCGCACUGCAGAGAGCGGCUGCGAGCAGGCGCCGGCGCACCGGCCCAAACGCCGAGCGAGCGAGGGAGAGGCACAGUCAGAGGGAACGCCCGCGCUGGGAGCCAGGGGCGCCCGACCCCGCCGCCGCCGCAGCGGCGCGCAGCCCCCGACGCGCCCUGUGGGGACCCGGACCAGGAGGGACCCUGCCCCGGGAAAAGGCUGUGGAGACCUGGGCUCCCACCCCAAUUCAUCCCCCCACACCCCCGCCGCCCCGUGCCACCCUGGUCCGCGCUGGGAACCCUAUCCUGCCCCUCGUGUCAGCCCGGCACUGGCCAGAAUUGCGGGCAUGGCGGUGACGAUGCUGCAGGACUGGUGCAGGUGGAUGGGGGUCAACGCUCGCAGGGGCCUGCUCAUCCUGGGCAUCCCGGAGGACUGUGAUGAUGCCGAAUUCCAAGAGUCCCUCGAGGCUGCCCUGAGGCCUAUGGGACACUUUACAGUGCUAGGCAAAGUGUUUCGAGAGGAGGAUAAUGCCACCGCGGCCCUGGUCGAGCUCGACCGGGAAGUCAACUAUGCUUUGGUCCCCAGGGAAAUCCCCGGCACUGGGGGCCCGUGGAACGUGGUCUUUGUGCCCCGUUGCUCAGGCGAGGAGUUUCUCGGUCUCGGUCGCGUGUUCCACUUCCCGGAGCAAGAGGGGCAGAUGGUGGAGAGCGUGGCCGGCGCCCUGGGCGUGGGGCUGCGCAGGGUGUGCUGGCUCCGAUGCAUCGGUCAGGCGGUCCAGCCCUGGGUGGAGGCCGUGAGGUACCAGAGCCUGGGCGUGUUUUCCGGGAGGGACCAGCCAGCCCCAGGGGAGGAGUCCUUUGAGGUCUGGCUAGACCACACCACCGAAAUGCUGCAUGUGUGGCAGGGGGUCUCGGAAAGGGAGAGGAGGAGGAGGCUGCUGGAAGGCUUGCGUGGGACCGCCCUGCAGCUCGUGCACGCGCUCCUGGCGGAGAACCCCGCCAGGACGGCGCAGGACUGUCUGGCGGCCCUGGUCCAGGUGUUUGGAGACAACGAGUCCCAGGCGACCAUCCGGGUGAAGUGUCUGACCGCUCAGCAGCAGUCAGGCGAGCGUCUCUCAGCUUUCGUGUUGCGGCUGGAAGUGCUGCUGCAGAAGGCCAUGGAGAAGGAGGCCCUGGCCAGAGCAUCCGCCGACCGCGUGCGCCUGAGGCAGAUGCUCACCAGGGCCCACCUUACUGAGCCUCUGGAUGAAGCACUGAGGAAGCUGAGAAUGGCCGGGAGGUCUCCAAGUUUCUUGGAGAUGCUGGGGCUCGUUCGGGAGUCUGAGGCAUGGGAGGCCAGUCUAGCCAGGAGCGUGAGAGCCCAGACACAGGAAGGGGCCGGUGCCCGGGCUGGUGCCCAGGCUGUUGCCAGAGCCAGCACUAAAGUAGAGGCGGUCCCAGGAGGUCCUGGUCGGGAGCCAGAGGGCCUCCUCCAGGCAGGAGGCCAGGAGGCUGAGGAGCUCCUCCAGGAGGGGCUCAAGCCCGUCCUGGAGGAAUGUGAUAACUAGGUUGGGGCUGGGGAGGCAGCCCAGCGCGAGUCCUCCCCGGGCAAAUAGGCUCCGAGGGCCCCGGGGCCUCCUCUCCUCCUCUCAGGCAGCAGGGCCCUGGAGACAGGCGGAGGCGGGGCCAGGGCCGGUCCCUCACCCCACAUCGGGAUCGGGGCCAGCUGUGGC